AUGGUCGAGAAUGGCGAUGAUCAGACUCAGCAGGAUACCUCAGGGCGAAACAUCAGCGAGCAUGAAAACAGGCUGCAAUCGCAGGAAUCGAGAACUGGCACUCAAGAAGUAGAGUAUUUACCGUUACAUUUGAUAUUUUCAGCCUCGUCGUCAAUGCGGCAGCAGCAACAGCAGCAGCAGCACUCGCGGCGUCCUGAUGGGAAUAAAAAGGAAUGUGAAUUCGUUUUCUUUUCAGAAGCCAGUGAUGAAGAGGAAGAGAUGGAGUUGAAGUAUGGAGCGCAGCACGUUAUCCAUCUGUUUAUUCCGGUUUCGAUCUGCAUGGCAUUCGUUAUAUUCACGAUGAAUACUGUUGGUUAUUAUACACGUAAAGAUGGCCAAUACUUAAUCUAUACUCCAUUCACGAAAGAAACCGACGAUACGGGUGAGAAGAUAAUGAUGUCGCUCGGAAAUGCAUUCAUUAUUUUGGGUGUAGUGAUAUUCAUGACAGUUUUAUUGAUUAUUCUUUAUAAAUUUCGAUUCUACAGGGUUUGUCGUAUCAAAUUUUUUUUUUCACUAACUGUUCUUCGCCGUGAGUUUUUAAAUUUUUUCCGGGAAUCCCUCCAAAUUUGUGUACUUUUUUUGGAAGCAGCCUGUGGCUAG